UAGCAUAUGAUCGCGCGAGCGUUGGCGAUGAUCCGCUUCCAGCGCGCGUGACAUAACCUCGUGAACGAUUCACCCGUUCAUCCCGCCACGCUGUCUCCCACGUUGCGCGUUCGACAUGGUCCGUGGGCCGGGGCCCCUGCCUUGUACCGGUUGUUCCCUGUAUUUGUUCGUUCGUGUUUCUUCGCAGAUAGCGAUAUCUCUUAGACGAAUCUAAACUCUGACGCGAACGCGUCACGUGGGUAAAGUCUGAUCCCGUGGGGUAAAGACCAUCAUGCUCGGUACCUUGGGCAGAAGUCGCGCUGUCGUUCUUCUCAAGCAGCCUGUAGCGCAAACAUGGCUUGCGAACCGCGAGAAAAAGUUGCGUCAGACGUCUCUAUGUCGAUUCGGCACCGACGAACUGAAAAGACGUCUCAAAGCUGAGCAAAAGGCCAAAGAGAAAGCUGAGAAGGAGGAGGCCAAGGCGCUUGUAGCAGCUAUCCAUGAGAAUCAAAUAACGAGUUCUAAGAAGGACAAAAUCAAGGAGGAAGAUAUUAGUCCAAAUGAAUAUUUUAAGCUCCGAUCGAACAUCGUCAGUCUACUCAAAACUGCCGAUCAACAUCCUUACCCUCAUAAAUUCGAUGUAUCCAUCUCUCUCACGGAUUUCAUCGACAAAUUUAACGGGCGCCUUAAGAAUGGUGAAGCGAUAAAGAACGAGAUACAUACUAUCGCCGGGCGUGUCCAUUCUAUUCGAGAGGCCGGCUCUAAACUGAUCUUUUAUGACCUUCGAGGAGAGGGUGUCAAAUUGCAAGUACUGGCCAAUGCAAAACUGUAUAUAAGCGAGGAUGACUUUAUGAGGGAUACAGCAAAAAUCAAGAGAGGCGACAUUAUAGGCAUCGUCGGCACACCCGCCAGGAGCAAAGCGGGCGAAUUUUCAAUUAUACCGAUUUCUAUUAUUCUUUUGAGUCCAUGUUUGCAUAUGUUGCCGCAUCUUCAUUUUGGUUUGAAGGACAAGGAAACGAGAUAUCGACAACGAUAUUUGGACCUUAUAUUGAACGAUAAAGUUCGACGAAUCUUUCACAUACGCGCGCGGAUAAUCGCUUACAUGCGUAAAUUUCUGGACGAGAUGGGCUUCCUAGAAGUUGAGACUCCUAUGAUGAACAUGAUCCCCGGAGGCGCGACUGCCAAACCUUUCAUUACGCACCAUAACGAACUGAACAUGGAUCUGUACAUGAGAAUUGCUCCAGAGUUGUAUCUCAAGAUGUUAGUCGUCGGUGGGAUCGACAGAGUGUACGAGAUCGGCAGGCAAUUCAGGAAUGAGGGUAUUGACUUAACCCACAAUCCUGAAUUUACUACCUGCGAAUUUUAUAUGGCGUACGCGGACUAUAACGAUCUCAUGAAGAUCACGGAGAACAUGCUGUCCAGCAUGGUGAAGGCAAUACAUGGAACUUAUAGGAUCGAGUACCAUUCCAAUGGACCGGAUAGCGAACCAGACGAGAUCGACUUUACGCCCCCCUUCAAGCGUAUCUCAAUGAUGAAGGAAUUGGAGAAGGUUCUCAAUGUCAAGUUGCCAGCAGCCGAUCAGCUUAACACACCGGAGGCAAACAAAAUUUUCAGCGAUCUCUGUGACCACCAUAACAUCGAGUGUCCUCCUCCUAGAACAUCAGCGAGGUUAUUAGACAAGCUCGUUGGAUUAUUUAUUGAAGAUUCCAUUGUUAAUCCUACAUUCAUCAUUGAUCAUCCGCAAGUGAUGUCUCCUUUAGCGAAAUGGCAUCGAUUCGAGAAAGGUCUCACAGAACGAUUCGAACUAUUCGUUGCAAAGAAAGAGAUUUGCAACGCGUACACCGAACUGAAUGAUCCAUUCAUUCAAAGAGAAAGAUUCGAGCAACAGGCGAUGGAUAAAGCGGCCGGUGAUGAAGAGGCGCAAUUGAUCGAUGAGAAUUUCUGUACCGCUUUGGAAUAUGGUUUGCCGCCAACAGCAGGUUGGGGAAUGGGUAUCGAUCGAUUAACAAUGUUCCUCACCGACACUAACAAUAUUAAAAGCUUUCAUUGGUCCGCUACGCAUGCGACCUUUUUUCUUAAGGCAGCUCACUAUUAGCUAUCGUAGCUAUAAAUAUUAAUAUUUUUUAACGAAAAUUUCACAACGAGUAGUUUAAAUUAUGUACUUUAUGAUAUUAAUAAAGUGAUUUAAAAAACAAAAAAAUAUUUACCAGAAAAGAAAUGCUUAAAAAUGGCCUUUUUUUAAUCGUUACACUGAUUUUCCCCCUUAAAAAUAUAUAUUAUAUUUCAUAAAAUAA